AUGAAUGCUUUAUCGAAUUUACAAAUGGCAAAACCUUUAGAGCACAUCAAGAGACCCAUGAACGCCUUCAUGGUUUGGUCCAGGGGGCAAAGACGCCAGAUGGCACAGGACAACCCGAAGAUGCACAACUCUGAAAUCAGCAAGAGGCUUGGCGCAGAGUGGAAGAGGCUCACGGACGCCGAGAAGCGUCCUUACAUCGACGAGGCGAAGAGGCUGCGUGCUCAGCACAUGAGGGAACACCCGGACUACAAGUACAGACCCAGGCGCAAACCUAAAACUCUUUUCCAGAGGGAGCGCAUCGUAUUCCCGCUGCCUCCCGUGGAGCACUUGAAGGGUUUCUCCGUGGACUCCUUACUCAUUCACAGGGAUAAAACAGCGCCGUUCGUGCAGGCGUCUUCGUCGGCGCUGCUGGACAUAAACACCGGGGCUGUCCAGCGGAUGGCGGAGUUCCAGCACCCUCGGCGCACCUUUGGAUACCACACCGGAGGGGUGGCGGGGUGCCUCGGACAGCUCACCCAGGCGUCACCCGGAAACCCCUGCGUGGUGCCGUGUAACUGUGCGGCCUGGUCUGCCGCCGGUCUGCCGCCCCAAGUGGCUUACAUACUCCUCCCGGGAGGGAUGAGCCAAGCCGCCAUGGACGGGUACUCAUCACCCGGGUCCUGUGCGUAA